CAACGGAACUGCGGCAACAUUUAAGGUGGAACGGGAAAAUCAAGUAAGGCGUUCAUAAACAGAGAAAAUGGCGGCCGGCUACAACUGGCUGCUGGUAUUGAGCUCGGUGUUUCUCUGUAACCUUGUCAAGACAUUCUUACCCUCCAUCUCCUCGUUUCUGUCGAAGGUCCUCCAAAAAGAUGCAGAGCAGGAAAUGGAGAUGCGAACGGAAAUCCAGAACAUGAGGCUGGAGCUUUCCACCAUAAGCAUGAUGGAUGAGUUUGCCAGGUACGCCAGGCUGGAGCGCAAGAUCAACAAAAUGACAGACAAAUUAAAGACUCAUGUAAAGUCGAGAACCGCUCAGCAGGCCAAAAUGAAAUGGAUUGUCAACAUAGUUUUCUACAUUCUUCAGGCUGCUCUUAUGAUCUCACUCAUAUGGAAGUAUUAUGCUGACCCGGUCACUGUGGUGCCCAGUAAGUGGAUCUCUCCGCUGGAGAGGCUCGUAGCGUUUCCCUCCGGAGUUGCAGGUGGUGUUGGAAUAACGUGCUGGUUGGUGGUCUGCAACAAAGUGGUGGCCAUUGGACUUCAUGCUGUUAGUUAAUUCAUAUUUAAUCCAGUAUAUUUCAUUUAGUCACCAACAGGGUGUCAGGAAAUGUGUACCUCUAAUGUAUUGUUAUUGAACAGUUCUUAAUUUAUUUGUAAUUUAAAAAAAAAAAGUUAAAUUCAGCUCGGAACUUUUACAGAACUCACUGCAGCUGUGGCGCUGUGCUGAUGUGUGAUGUUUACCUGUGCGUGCCCUAAUGAGGUCAUUCCUGAUCAAAACCACAUUCAUGAGAAUAGUUGUGAUUGUAUUUUAUUGCUUUUUAAUUAAAACCCAACCUUAAAAUCUG